AUGGAACAAAUUCUUGAACGUUAUGAGAGAUACUCAUACACAGAGAGACGUUUGCUUGCAAGUAAUUCUGAAUCUUCGGUGCAGGAAAACUGGAGCCUGGAAUAUGCUAAACUCAAGGCUAAGAUUGAUCUCCUACAAAGGAACCACAAGCAUUAUAUGGGAGAAGAUCUUGACUCAUUGAGCCUAAAGGACCUGCAAAACUUGGAACAACAACUUGAUACUUCUCUUAAGCUUAUUCGAUCAAGAAAGAACCAACUCAUGCAUGAGUCAAUCUCUAUGCUACAGAAAAAGGAAAAGGCAAUCCAGGAGGAGAAUAACAUGCUAUCCAAGAAGAUUAAGGAGAAGGAUAACACAGUAGGGCAGCAAGUUGAAUGGCAUCAGCAAAAUCAAGUUCCUACUUCAACAUCUUUCCUCCUACAACCACAUCCAUGCCUAAAUAUUGGGUAAUUGUUGUCCUCUAUAACAAGAUAAAUAAACAAAAACCAACAUAGUUACUAGUACUAUUUUUGAGAGCAUGGGAUCUUUACACAAAUAGCCAGCAGAUUCAUUGUUUGUUUUUUCUAGCCGACCGUAUUGUCAAAGGCACCUUAAAGCACGCUUAAGCCUUAAGGUGAGGCGUAAAAUGUGUUGAGUGUUUUAGCUCGCCUAGCGGGCGUGUCAAUGCAUCAUCAAGGCUCUAUGACAUACUUUUUCCAAAUUUUGUAACCAUAUAUUUUUUAUUCAUGAAUAUGAUUAUUAUUCUUGGACUGUACGUUUAUACUCUCUUUUUGCGCCUUUCUUCAUCAAAGCCCCACAUUUAUUUGCGGUUAAAGCCCCAAUGGACCAUAAAGCUUUUUACCGCUUUUUACUUUUGAUAACACUGGUAGCUAGUAUACAUAAAUUAUACAUUGAUUAUUCAUAGUUAUACACAUAUUCUAUAUGAAUUAUACAUAUAUUAUACAUUCGCUGGUUAUUUUAAGUUAAAGCAUUUGGAUGGCCGGCUAUUUUGAUUAAUUCUUUAAGUAGUUUUUGUUUACAAAGUUGGUUAACCACUACUUGUUUGAUUGUUUC